AUGAAACUCCUGGUAUCUACGGUGAAGGUGAGUCCAGAUGGAAAAUGGCUGGCGACGGCGUCCGCCGAUAAGACCAUCAAGCUAUGGACAUUGCAUCAGGGAAAAUUGGUUCGUUCUAUGAAGGGCCAUACUGAGGGAAUUUCGGACGUCGUGUUUUCUCCUAAUUCCAAGUAUCUAGCAUCCUGUUCAGACGAUUUGACCAUCCGGAUUUGGGAUGUGGUUAAUGGUACCACAUUAAAAAUCCUCAAGAACCACACCUAUCAUGUCAACUCUCUGAAGUUCAACUACAAGGGGACUAUCUUGAUUAGCGGCUCGUCCGACGAGAACAUCCGGAUAUGGGACGUUAAACGUGGAAAGUGUCUCAAAACGUUGAGUGCGCACAGCGACGCGAUAUCUUGCGUCGAUAUAAGUUUCGACGGGUCGAUUGUUGUUAGUGGGUCGUACGACGGAUUGGUCCGUCUCUUUGAUCUAGACACUGGUCAAUGUCUCAAGACGCUUAUUGACGAAGAGAGGGGAUCCAGUUUUCCUGUCAGUCAUGUCAGUUUUCCUCCAAAUGCAAAGUAUGUACUCUCCAGUUCGCUCGACGGUCACUUGAGACUAUGGGACUACAUGAAAAAUCGAGUCGUCAAAAUGUACAAGAAUAGUGAUGGUGAAUCAAUUGCUGAGAAGUAUUGUUUGGGCGCCGACUUUGUUACGUAUGGUGAGCAUCGAUUAGUUUGCUCGGGUGAUGAGCAAGGUCGUAUAGUGUUUUGGGAUAUCCAAUCGAAGGAAAUCAAGAUGGUUCUUAAGGGAUCAGAUAUUAUCGAUCCUAUAAUGCAAGUUGAUGUCUUCAAGCAUGGAGAGCUAAUAGUUAGCGUAUCAUUGCACGGAGAGCUAAAGGUAUGGCAAGCAACAGAUGUGCUAUAG